AUGGCUGAUCAAGAAAGCCAGAGGCAGCCAUCCUCUGAAACCGCUUCCAUCCAGAGGAAAGCGGAUGUCCACAAUUUAAGCCAUGCAAUUGACAACCUUGAAGCUGCUGCGGAAAAGGAUGGUUAUGUUUUUGAUGCUUCUCUUGCAGGAGACAACGGAUUAAAGACCACUGCAGAUGGCAGUAAAAUUCUCAUUCCCCAACCUUCUGCGUCGCCAUUGGAUCCUCUCAAUUGGUCAUGGGCCAGGAAACAUCUCAUCUUGAUCAUUAUCUCCAUGACCGCCUUCCUUCCGGAUUAUGGAAGCGCAACGGGAGCCGUAACUCUGCUUCCGCAAGCUGGGAUCUGGGGUAUGACUCCAGAUGAGGUUAACCAUUCGCAAGUCGGCAAUGUUUUUAUGUUAGGGGUCGGUGGUGUGUUCGUCGUGGGACUGGCAGCUUACUUUGGCCGGUACCCCGUCUUCUUCUGGUUUACCGUUAUCGCGACCGCGACAGCUGUUUGGUGCACAGCGGCCCAGACUUUUGAGUCCUUCAUGGCUGCUAGAAUUCUUAACGGGUUCUUUUCCACUGUUGCUCAAGGGGGUGGUCUCAUGUACAUCAAAGACCUGUUCUUCUUCCACGAGCACGCACGAAAAAUCAACAUCUGGUCUAGCUUUAUUAUUGUCUCUCCUUAUCUCGGCCCGCUCUUCACAGCCUUCAUUAUCAACACACAAAUCUGGCAGUGGGCUUUUGGCGUAUACACGAUAAUGACUGGGCUCUGUUUAUUUCUUAUCAUCUUCUGUAUUGACGAGACGUAUUACGAUCGGAAGCUCCCCGAAUCUCAGCAACCCGCUCGUGGACCUAAAUGGAAGCGGAUGGUUGGUAUCGAACAAUUCCGGUCGCGACAUCUUCGCAAUACGUUCAAAGAUGCAUGCAUGAGGCCUAUCAUAAUUAUCUGCAAGCCGCCUGUCUUCAUCUCCAUGAUGUAUUACCUAUUAACCUUCGCCUGGGUUGUUGGGAUUAACACAACACUCUCCAUCUUCCUUGGGCCCCUUUACGGCUUUGGCCCAAAACAGAUAGGCAAGUACUCAUCACCUCUUUCCAAAUUAUUUCUUCCAUUUCUAACCAAGCGAUUUAAAAACAAAAAAGGAUUUUUCUAUUUCACCCCAGUCACUGCUGCUAUCCUUGGUGAAAUUGUCGGCCAUUGGCUACAUGACUUGAUAGCCAAAAUAGCCGCGCGGCACAACAAUGGGCGUCUGGAACCCGAGGCCCGAUAUGUAGCGGUCUGGAUCUCCACUCCUUUCAUGAUCGCGGGGCUUGUACUACUUGGCUUCGCGUUAGACGGCAAGUACCAUUACAUGCUAGCGUCGCUGGGAUGGGGUCUGUAUGUUUUUGGAAUCAUGAUCACAACCGUUGCGGUCAACGCAUACGUGCUGGACAGCUACCCCGAAGCCAGUGGAGAAGUAGCUGCAUGGAUCAAUUUCGGCCGCACAACUGGCGGAUUUGUUGUCAGUUAUUUCAUGGUACGGUGGGCAAAGGAGCAGGGAACUGUGCGCCAAUUCGGGACGAUGACGGGCAUUUGUGGGUUUGCAUUCUUGAUGGUUUUGGGAUUGCAGUAUUAUGGGAAGAGGAUGAGACUUUGGGCCGGACCCGCGAACUUUAAGACUAUUUAA